AUGCACUCCAGGGUUGUAAUUAUAGGUUCUGGUCCUGCUGGGCAUACGGCCGCACUUUACUUGUCCCGAGCAACCCUAAAACCUGUUAUGUUUGAGGGAUUCCUUGCGAACGGUUUCGCUGCUGGUGGUCAACUAACUACAACCACUGAAGUUGAAAAUUAUCCCGGUUUUCCUGAAGGCAUAAUGGGCACGGUGAUGAUGGAUAAAUUUCGGGAGCAAAGCAUUAAAUUCGGCACAACAAUUUACACUGAAACCAUAUCAAAAAUUGAUAUUUCUACACGUCCGUUUAAACUUUGGCGUGAAAAUAAUGAAGAUCAAGAACCUGAUACCGCUGAUGCACUUAUUAUUGCCACUGGUGCUGCUGCAAAAAGACUGAAUCUUCCUGGUGAAGAAAAGUAUUGGCAGAAAGGAAUAUCGGCGUGUGCUGUUUGCGAUGGCGCUGUACCUAUUUUCC